AUUCAAGGUGAUAUAGUAAUUUUAUACCAAUUGCCUUAUAAGGAAGAUAAAAAUAUUUAAAGUCACUUCACGAUUGUCUAUGAUGCUUCGUUCUAAAAGAAAAUCUCCUAACUCUAUACAACGUGGACCCAUUGUAAAAUGGUUAUUAAGGCACACAACACGAAUGUGUGAACUUCAAAGAAUUUGUUAUGGAGAAUUACCUGGAGCACCGAGAACAUUAGCUGUAGAAGAAUCUCUUAAGUUAUCUAGGAAUGCUAAUAUUAAAACUCUUAUAGUCUACUUGAAUGAUCUCGCUGAUCAGUGUGCAAUCACAAAACAGACAAAGCAAAAAAUUUUGAAGGAAGCUAUUAUAACCAUAUUGGUGACUAAGAAAGUAAAUCCAACAGCUCACCCUGACUUUGCCAAGUCAUUUGGUAAAUGUAUAGAACUAAUUUGGGGUUAUAGACAACUUUGUGUGGAAUGUGAAGAGCUUAGAAAAACACCAUAUGAUGCUGACAAUUCUGAGCAUGAGUUCCAACUAUUAAAAUUAUGGAAUUUGUUGAUGCCUUAUGAGCCUUUAGAUGCUAGAGUUACCAAACAGUGGCAACACAUCGGCUUUCAGGGUGAUGAUCCAAAAACAGAUUUCCGUGGAAUGGGCAUUUUGGGAUUAGAAAAUCUAGUUUAUUUUGCUCAAGAGUAUCCCAGUGCUGCAACACACGUGUUAUCACAUUCUACACAUCCACGUUAUGGUUAUGCUUUUGCCAUAGUGGGCAUAAAUUUAACAAGCAUGGCUCUAAGAUUAUUAAGGGAUGGAAGUGCCAAGACUCAUAUUUAUAAUUCUUCAAAGGGUUUUCCAACAAUUCGCGCAUUUCAUCAACUUUACUGUUAUCUUUUUUAUGAAUUUGAUGGAUUUUGGAUUGAUUCAAAACCAAGCAAUAUGAUGGAAUUUUCAUCCAUACAAGAAAAGUUUGAGAAUAGUAUCAGAAUGGCAUUAACUGAUUCAUCUACUGUCUUUAGGAUAAAUAUAUCAAUUGAUAAUGUUUAAAAUAGAUGCAAUAUUUUAUGUUGAUAAGUCUAAAACUAUCACAGAGAGUGAACAUUUUCUCAUUACAAUGCACAAAGCUACUAGUAGCACGGAGUAUCUUGUGAGUGAAUAGAACAUCAUUAUUGCAAAUUAUGAAGAAUAUAAAAUAUAAAGCAAAACAUAAAUAUUCUGAAAUCAUUAAGUUACAGAAAAAUACAAAGAAUCUUGAUGCAUUUGAUAUUAUAUUUUUACUUUAUUUUUCUACUAGUAAUAAAGGAAGUAUAUGUCUUACCUAACGAAUGUGAAGGGGUUCACAUAUAAAUUCAUUUAAAAUCAUUUAUUUAUCAUAAAUAAGUUAAAGUACAACGUUUACCCAAAUAAAUAUAUUACUUUCAA